AGCAAUUCAAUACCAAGAAGCAAAUAUACGUACAUUAAACGCAAAAGCAAAAGAGAAACAAAUCAAGGUUCAAAUCAAAUGGGUUCAAGGACACAGCCAGCAGCAUCUGAUCGUGUCUACGAAGACUUUGUACCAUUGUAUGAAUGGGAUAGAAAUGAAAGGCUUGUCAAUGUUAUGCUACCAGGUUUUAGAAGGGAUCAAUUGAAGGUUCAAGUGACCUCAAAGCUCACCCUAAGGCUAAUGGGUGAACGACUGAUCACUGACAACAGAUGGCGUCGUUUCAAUCUAGAAUUGCCUCUUCUUUCUGAUUAUGACACCGACAAUGUGACUGCCAAGUUUGAGGGUGCUAAGCUAUCAAUUAAAUUUGGAGAACUUUCACAGACUAAGCCUAAGGAAACAUUAAUAGCUCCCCCAUCACAAAAAAUUGAACAGCAAAAGCCAACCCAAGAAGGUAAAGUCUCUGAUCAAAAGACACCACAGAAUAAGGAGGAAACCAACAAAUCUGAAACAAAAGGUGCUCUGGAAGCAAAGACUAAUGAAGGCUCAAGUGAUACAAAAGAAGCACCAACCCCCCCUACUGCUCCUAAGACUAAGCCUGUUUCAAGAACCAAAACAAGGCUAAUAGAUUUCAGCCUCGGUUCUGGAUCAAAUCAUGUUGAUGAUGAAGUCAUUGAAGAUUUGGAGGCAGGGAAGAACAAGUGCAAGAAAUUGGUGAAAUGGAUGCUGAUAAUCUACUUGGUUGUGGCCCUUGUGGGACUUGGGGUUUACUAUGGCAAAAAUGCAUUGACAUCAUACUCUGAAGAAUCAUACUUCCAAGAGCUGUGAGAUUUUCGCCCUCAAGUAGUACUACUACUUGUACACGUAAAGAGAAGAACACUUGCAUUCAUUUGCGUGUAAAUGCAUGAAUUCAAUAAAAGAAUAAAGUAAAAAAUGUUUGAGGUUUCACAACUAUAAUUUGAGCUCAUUGUAUCCGUUGUAUUUCUAAUACAUUCAUCCAGAAUUAAAUGACUCAAAUUCUGCAGUAUAA